AUGCCGCUCCGCAGUCUCCUCAUCGCCCAGGGCAUUAACCGCCGGACUCGCGACAUCAUCAAAGACUCGAAACUCUACCAGCAGGCACUUUUCUUCCGCCCUUACGGACCUGGCCCGGUGACUGUGCGUGGCGCUGAGUACCCUUUCAUGCACUGUGCAUCAGAAGACGUGUGUGUUCGCGAUGAUCCUGGCUAUUGCAUGCCACAAGGCAGAACAGCCUGGAAAUGCUGGAGCUGUCCCUCCACCGGUGAAGAAAACGCCUUCGUGGUCACAAACCCUCUUCUCCCCUUCUGUCCUGGUGACCGCAAAAAUUCCAGCUACCUCGACCAUGCUACGUUUAGCCUCCUGCUCCAAGAUCCUGUUUGGAACCGGCCAGAGGCAUCUUGGCGCAAGAUGCUCAUCACUCAGCCGCCUCUCUUUCAGGCAAUCGUCGAGCACCGUAGCGCCAAACACAAUCACGUUUUUCAGGCUAGCCUCGGCGACCUUGGCAUCACUGCUGGAGAUUGUUUCGAGAGCGCGUGCGCACAUGGACAUCCCAUCUGCGGCAUGGUUCUGGCGGACUUUGUGCAGCUUCAGGAGACGGACACGGCUGGAGAAGCACUCGAGAGGAUGCAACAGGGCGUGGCGAGCGUCACAAAUGAUCCGCCUCGUUAG